AUGAAUGGCAGAUAUUUUCACUCCUAUGGAUUCUUGAUCUGCCUGAUGUUAAAUGGAGUCUGGCAGACAAGGUCAAAAUCAGAUGUGUCUGGGUCAGAGGCUUUCAAAACCAACAUCACACUUUUCACAAGAAUCCUGGACCGAUUGUUGGAUGGCUACGAUAACAGGCUGAGACCGGGUCUUGGAGAUCGAGUGACAGAGGUAAAGACAGAUAUUUACGUGACCAGUUUUGGGCCAGUAUCGGAUGCAGACAUGGAGUACACAGUGGAUGUGUUCUUCCGCCAGCGCUGGACAGAUGAGCGGCUCAAGUUCCAUGGGCCAAUGAACAUCCUGCGGCUCAAUAAUCUGAUGGCCAGUAAGAUCUGGACCCCUGACACCUUCUUCCACAAUGGCAAGAAGUCUGUAGCUCACAACAUGACCAUGCCAAACAAAUUACUGCGGAUCAUGGAAAAUGGGACACUACUUUACACCAUGAGGCUGACGGUGCAGGCAGAAUGCCCAAUGCAUCUAGAGGACUUCCCCAUGGACUCUCACUCAUGUCCACUGAAAUUUGGCAGCUAUGCAUAUACUCUGACAGAGGUGACCUAUGUUUGGACACGAAAUGCUACGCUUUCGGUGGAGGUGGCUCCAGACGGAUCAAGGUUGAACCAGUAUGACUUAAGGGGCCAAACUGUUGGCAAAGAAACCAUUAAAUCCAGUACUGGGGAAUAUACAGUCAUGACAGUUCAUUUCCAUCUGAAGAGGAAGAUUGGGUACUUUGUGAUCCAAACUUACUUGCCCUGCAUCAUGACUGUCAUUUUGUCCCAGGUUUCCUUCUGGCUUAACCGUGAAUCAGUACCUGCUCGAACAGUUUUUGGUGUGACAACAGUGCUCACUAUGACCACUCUGAGUAUCAGUGCUCGUAACUCUUUGCCCAAAGUGGCCUAUGCCACUGCGAUGGACUGGUUCAUUGCUGUGUGCUAUGCCUUUGUCUUCUCUGCCCUCAUUGAGUUUGCAACAGUUAACUACUUCACCAAACGGGGCUGGGCCUGGGAUGGCAAGAGCAUUCUCAAUGACAAGAAAAAAGAGGCCUCUGUUAUGAAGAAGAACAAUGCUUAUGCAGUUGCUGUGGCAAAUUAUGCUCCCCACAUCAGUAAGGAUUCAGCUUUGCCCACUGUUUCCAAGAGCACUCCAGCAGAGCCCACUAAAGCUCAGCCGGUGGCUAAAGAGAAUAAGAAGACCUUUAACAGCGUAAGCAAGAUCGACCGCAUGUCCCGCAUCAUUUUCCCUGUGCUUUUUGGCAGCUUCAACCUGGUCUACUGGGCUACGUAUCUCAACAGAGAGCCAGUCAUUAAGAACAUGGUUCCCUCUCACUGA